AUGGCAGUGUAUAUCAAGUAUAAAAGUUGUAAGGAUUAUGAUUCAAUACCAAUUCUUGAUCAUUUUAUUUCUGUUGGGAAUUUGAAAUCAAAAAUAUUUGAAUCCAAGCGUUAUGGUUGGGGUAAAGAUUUCGACCUUCUUCUCACCAACGCACAAACUAACGAAGAUUAUGUUGAUCAUGCCACUUUGAUUCCUAGAAAUACAAGUGUUUUGAUUCAUCGCCUUCCUGGAUUACCUUGCUGCCCCAUACUAAUUAAAGAGGAACCCAAGCAAGUGUUGUGUAAACAGGAGGAGGUUCAUUCAGUUAAAAAAGAGUCCAAAUAUUCUCAAGAUGAUGAUUUUGGCGAUGAUGUGUAUGCAAUUCCAAAAGUAGUAGUGCCAAGUCAAUUAGGCAAUCCAGUGCCCACUAGUACUAGUAGUAUAAUCAAGAAUUCAAUAGGAAACAUAUCACUUGAGUAUAAUAACACAAGAUCGCCUUGCUUUAGUGUUGGACAAGGUGGAAUGGAACGGAAAAACCCACCACCGGGGUAUGUCUGUCAUCGAUGCAAGGUGCCUGGGCAUUUCAUUCAGCAUUGCCCUACAAAUGGUGACCCCAAUUAUGACAUCAAGAAACUAAGUGCAAGUGUUGCUGUUUUGAUGGCAGCUUUUACUAAGGAAGUUGAAGGAUUGUCAUGUUCUUCAUCGUCUUCUAAGCGUUCCUAUAGAGAUAUACCAGCAGAGCUUCACUGCCCAUUGUGUAAAGGAUUAAUGAAAGAUGCAGUUAUAGCGAGCAAAUGUUGUUUUAGUAGUUUCUGCGACAGAUGCAUAAGGAAUCAUAUUAUGUCCAACUCUGUUUGCGUAUGUGGGGCUAGAAAUAUACUUGUUGAUGCUCUCUUGCCUAAUUUGACUCUAAGAGCCACAGUAAACAGAAUCUUACAGUCUAAUAGCACUACUUCUUCAGAGUCUUGUAGGACACGGGUAGAAGAGUUUCCACCAGCUGUUGAAGAAGUAAAUAUGAAGAAACCAAGUGAUGAUGUUAACAUGCAAUGGGGUGUUGAAACUAGAAAAUUAGGUUUUAAAAGGAAUAAGUGUGAGAUGAGCAGUGAGUUUUCAAGUGUAAUUACUUAUUGA